AUGUUCGCUGCAGCCACCAAGAACUUUGUGAAGCAGGUGGGGGACACCGGGCGGUUGAUCCCCGUCCCGAGCCUGAGCGAGGCCGACCGCUACCAGCCCCUCAGCCUGGUCACCAGGAAGAGGAGGAGGCACUUCUGGAAGAAGAACAAGUACGCCUCGACGCCCUUCUCCCUGAAGGACAUCCUGGUCGGGGAGAAGGAGAUCACCGCAGGUGUGUCUUCUUACCAGCUCCUCAACUACGAGGACAAAUCGGACGUGGCCCUCACGGGCCGCAUGGGGAACCACCUGCUCAACGACGUGGGCUUCAACAUCAGCGGCUCGGACUCCGUGGCCGUCAAGGCCUCGUUCGGCAUCGUGACCAAGCACGAGCUGGAGGUGCCCACUUUACUGCGAGAGCUCAACUCCAGAAAGGUGGACCUGGACCACUGCCUGGUCCGCCAGUCCAAGGAGAGUGGCCGGACGGUGCUCUGCGUGGUGGAGGAGAGCAUCCGGACCACGCGCCAGUGCUCCCUGACUGUGCACGCCGGCAUGAGGGGCACCACCAUGAGGUUUCAGAUCGACGACGGCAGGAACCCCAAAGGCCGAGACAAGGCCAUCGUCAUCCCGGCUCACACCACCAUCGCCUUCAGCAUCUGCCAGCUGUUUGUGCGACUGGACGGCCGGCUCGAUAUCUGUGUCGUUCCGGAGUCCCAAGGCGGGUUUGAGAGGGAGCAGAUCCGGGAGCAGCUCGGCGGUUACAUCGGCCACUUCUCCAUGGGGCGACUGCGCCGCUUCCUCUCCGGAAUCAUCUACGGAAACCCCUUCAGAGCCGAAAACCAAACGUUCGAGGAGCUCACCUACGCCGACACGUACGUGGACGACAUGGUCACCGACUACUACGAGAAGGCCGCCAGCAUGACGGACGUGUCCACCGCCUACCUGAGGGAGAGCUCCCACACGAGGGUCAACCUCCUCAAACACAACAUCUCCAAGGGGCCCUGCGUGCUCUGCGGCAUGGGCGCCCAGAGGCGGGACACCGUUUACGGGUGUCUGGAGUGCACGACGGGGGCCCAGAAAUACGUCCGGCUGCACGUCGUGCCCUGUUUCGACCUCUGGCACAAAACGCUGAGGUGA